AUGCCUCAACGCAAGGAGCCAAUCGCCAUCAUUGGCAGCGCCUGCAACUUCCCGGGCAAUAGCACCACCCCGUCAAAACUAUGGGAAUUGCUAAAGGAGCCUCAUGAUCUCUCGAAACCUGUUCCAGAAAAUCGCUUUAAUGCUAAUGUUUGGCACCACCAAGACAACGCCCAUCAUGGUACUAGCAAUGUCACCAAAUCCUAUUUCCUCGAGGCAGACCCUGCUACCUUUGACGCAACUUUCUUUAACAUUCCGCCAAAUGAAUGCGAGGCUAUUGACCCACAGCAGCGUAUGCUGCUUGAAACUGUCUACGAAUCCUUGUGUGCCGCUGGCGUCACCAUGGAGAGCCUCCGUGGGUCUUCUACUGCUUGCUAUGUCGGGCUUAUGUGUGAUGACUGGGCUGGCAUGCUUGCUAAGGACUGGGACUGUUUGCCGCAGUAUGCUGCAACAGGCAUAUCUCGUGCCAUUAUGGCUAACCGUAUCUCCUACUUCUUUGAUUGGCAUGGCCCGUCCAUGACCAUUGACACCGCCUGCUCGUCUUCAUUGGUAGCUGUGCAUGAAGCUGUUCAGGUCCUUAGAAGUGGUGACUGCAAUGUGGCAGUUGCUUGUGGAGCUAAUUUGAUUCUUACACCUGGCAUGUAUAUUGCGGAAAGUAAGCUGAAAAUGCUUUCUCCUGAUGGAAAGUCACGAAUGUGGGAUCAAGGUGCCAAUGGUUACGCGAGAGGUGAAGGUCUCGCAGCAGUGGUUCUGAAGACCUUGAGCCAGGCUAUUAAAGAUGGUGAUCAUAUUGAGUGUGUGAUCAGGGAGACUGCCUUCAACCAGGAUGGCCGCACCACUGGUAUAACUAUGCCAAGCAACCUUGCUCAAACUGCCUUGAUUAGAGAAACUUACAAAAAGGCUGGCCUUGACCCCUUGGACCCCAAUGACCAGCCCCAGUUCUUCCAUGCCCAUGGGACUGGCACACCCGCCGGAGAUCCACAAGAAGCUGAAGCAAUUAGUCGAGCGUUUUUCAAAGAUGGCCAAACUGCUGAAAAGAAACUCUGGGUUGGCUCAAUCAAGACUAUUAUUGGCCACACUGAAGGUACUGCCGGCCUUGCCAGUCUUAUUGGUACCUCCCUCGCCCUACAAAACAAGACAAUCCCACCAAACUUGCAUCUCAACCAAAUUGCUGAGAAGGUCAAACCUUUCUACACCAACUUGCAAAUCCCAACGACAAGUCACGCGUGGCCGUCUCCUCCGGCUGGCCAGCCAAUGCGUGCCUCCGUGAACAGCUUUGGCUUUGGCGGUGCUAAUGCCCACGCAAUCCUCGAGAGCUAUGAACCAACCGCGGUGCACAAAAUUUGCGAUAAAAUGCCCCUAUUCACCCCUCUCACUUUCUCGGCCCAUUCAGAAAAGAGUCUCCGAGGAAUGCUUGACACAUUUUCUGAGUUCUUGAGUGCAGAAAAUUCACCUGAUGUUAGUGAUGUUGCCUGGACUCUGCAGAACCGCCGCUCGGCUCUGGCCCACAAGGUCGCUAUCUCUGGCCGAACGACAACCGACCUGGUUGCUGCCAUCGAUGCUGCUCGGAGUCAGAAGGAUAGCCUUGGUGUUCGAUCUUCAGGACCUGAGAAGUUGACAGUGCUUGGCGUCUUCACUGGUCAAGGUGCUCAGUGGCCGACUAUGGGUAGCCAGCUGAUCAAGGCCUCCGCUCAUGUUCGAAAUAUCAUCGCCAACCUCGACCGAUCCCUCCAAGAGCUUCCAGAAGCUGACAGCCAAGCUGGCCUAUUCGUGGAGAGCUUGAAGCCGAUAAAAAGACUUCUCGCUGCUGGGUCCAACUUGGAUUUCAAGGCGGUGAUCGGACACUCUUCUGGUGAGAUUGCUGCUGCCUACGCUUCUGGAUUUAUUUCCGCUAGAGACGCUAUUCGCAUUGCUUACUACCGCGGUCUCUACGCUAAGUUUGCUGGCUCUGCCUCUGGAAAGAAAGGAGCAAUGAUGGCAGUUGGCACAACCCUUGAGGAUGCUGAAGAAUUUUGCCAACUUGAGGAGUUUGACGGUCGUAUUACUGUUGCCGCUAGUAAUGCUGCCACUAGCGUCACUCUCUCGGGAGACGAGGAUGCGAUUGAUGCUGCUCUAGUGGUGUUCAAAGAUGAGUCGAAAUUUGUCCGCAAGCUCAGAGUUGAUACUGCUUACCACUCAUUCCACAUGAAUGCAUGCUCUGAGAUGUAUUUGAAGGCAAUGGAUGCUUGUGGUAUUGAGUUCAAAGAUGGACAUUCGUCAGUCUCAUGGUACUCUUCAGUCGUUUCUGGUACAAAGAUGGCUAGUAACAAUCUCAAUGGUCAAUAUUGGGCCGACAACAUGAACAAUGCCGUUCUUUUUUCACAGGCGGGAAUUACUGCCGUGAAAGAAUCAGGUCCAUUUGACUUGGUCAUCGAAAUCGGCCCCCAUCCAGCUUUGAAGGGGCCGUGCCUGGAAAACUUGGAGCAAGCUACUGGUGUAGGUGGCACACCUUACACUGGCCUCUUAUCUCGCGGUGUUGAUGAUGUCAAAGCAUUUUCUGCUGCUCUCGGCUACGUCUGGGAGACCUUUGGCCCAUCUGCAGUUGACUUUGAAGGGUAUGAUAAACUCAUGUCUUCAGGUACCCAGCGUGACAAUUUGUCUGGAGACCUUCCUGAAUAUUCGUGGGAUCACUCAAGGAGCUAUUGGCUUGACUCUCGGGUAGCUACAUCUUACACUUCUCGCGAGGCUCCCCAUCCGAUGCUGGGUGUAAAUGUUGUUGAAGGCACUACCGGAACGCAAAUCCAGUGGAGGAAUAUUCUAUUCCCCAAAGAACUUACCUGGAUUCCUGGCCAUCGAUUACAGGGUCAGAAUGUCUUCCCUGCGUCUGGAUAUGUGUGCAUGGCUGUUGAGGCUAUAAUGACCCUUGCAAGCAACCGGGAUGUGCAACUGAUUGAACUUGAAGAGGUGGACAUUGCUCGUGCUAUUUCAUUCCUUGAUGAUACUACUGGGAUCGAAGUCAUCUUUACCCUUAACGUCUUGUCAUCUGAAUCCGAAUCUAUCAGCGCUAUCUUCCAGAUAUCAUCGUGCCCCAAGGGUGAUAAUACGUUGACUUUGAAUGGAAAGGGAAAGAUAUCGCUCCGUUUCGGUGAACCAACCGCCAAUGCGCUUUCGGCUUCUCAGAUUCCUCAAUUCAACAUGACAAGCGUUGAUAUUGAUCGAUUCUACAAGUAUCUAUCGGACAUGGGCUACAACUACUCUCCACCAUUCAAGGCGAUCAGUUCCAUCCUUCGUAGGAAGGAUGCCGCAGUUGGAGAAAUUACUGAUGCACGCGGUGAAGCUUGGGAGGACAAUUUCCUAAUGCACCCCGGUUUUGUUGAUACCAGUUUCCAAGCCGUCUUCGCUGCAUUCAGCUCUCCGGGUGAUGACCGGCUCUGGUCAAUACAUGUUCCUACUAAAAUCAACCGGCUGUCAAUUAAUCCGUCACUAGCAGUGUUCCCACCAGGAGAAGAAAUUGUUUGGCCCUGGCAAGCAGCUGUGACCAGCGGGACCCAUGAUACCCCCACCGCCGACAUCGAGGUCUUUGCUCCCAAUAAAAAUGGGGUUCUUAUGGAAAUUGAAGGCAUUGUUCUUGUUCCGUUAGCCAAGGCCUCAGAGGAGAACGAUGUCAAGCUAUUCUCUAACCUCAUCUACGAUCUAGCUCAGCCAGACGGCGCAGUUGCCUCUCCUCAUCGUUUACCUGAGUCGGACGCUCAUAUCGCGAGAGUCUCAGAGCGAUUCUCUUUCUACUGGAUUAACAAACUCCUCAAUACCAUUACUGCCAAAGAGGAAGAAGAAACCCUUCCACAUUUCAAGCAUAUGCUCAGAUGGUGUAGGUUUGUGCACAAGCAGGUUAUCGACGGGGAGCACCCCUUUGUUGGACCUGAUGCUGUAAACGAUACUUUGGAAUACGUGGAAUCUCUUGUUGCGGAUGCAGGAGACCGUGCUGAUAUUGGUAUUCUCCGAGCUGUUGGCCAAAAUAUUGCCCAUGUUAUUCGCACUCGUGGAAAUAUUCACGAGUACGCGUUGAAGGAUAACAUCCUGGAUCGUUUCUACGAGGAGGCUAUUGGCCUGGAUAUAACAAACCAGUGGGAAGCAAACCUGGCUGCCCAAGUUGCUUAUCGAUAUCCGCGGAUGAAUAUUAUUGAAAUUGGUGCUGGCACGGGUGGCUCAACUAGAAUGAUUCUCCCUACUCUGGGAAAAGCCUUUUCAACAUAUACAUUCACGGAUAUCUCCUCUGGGUUUUUCGAAGCGGCGGAGAAGAGAUUUAGCCAAUAUUCUGACCGCAUGAUCUUCAAAACCCUUGACAUGGAAAAGGAUCUCAGCGAACAAGGGUUUACUGAAGGCCAUUACGAUAUGGUUCUUGCAUCAAAUGUUCUACAUGUCGGCCCUGAUAUUGAUUUGACUUUGUCAAAUGUGCGCAAACUUGUAAAACCAGGCGGUUGGUUGAUUAACAUGGAGGUCGCUACAUACUUCCCAAGUCUGCGCGAGGGUUUCUCGAUGUCUGGCUUCCCAGGCUGGUGGUGCGGUGCCGAAACUGGUCGGCCAUGGGGUCCAACCAUAACCGUGGAGGAAUGGGAUAAAGUGUACAAACGAACUGGCUGGUCCGGUGUUGACACCUUCACUCCCAACAUUGACUCUAUAGACCACUUGGUUGUUAUGGUAACCCAAGCCGUGGAUUCUCAGAUUUACACGCUCAGAGAUCCCCUUUCGCCCGGACAUGCCCAUCCACAGCGUGAAAACCUCGUUAUUAUUGGAGGAAAAACUGAUAAGAUUGCCAAUAUCGUUACCGAAUGUACUAAUAUCCUACGCCCGCAUUUCAGGUCUAUCUCAAACGUCACUUCAAUCAACAAUUUUAUCAAUAGUGACAGCGACGCAGUUGCUACAGUCCUAAAUUUAGCCGAGCUAGAUGCUCCAAUCAUGAAAGAGCUUAUGGAUAACCAGCCCCAAAAGCUCGAGGGUGUUAAAGAGGUGUUUUCAACCCCUAGGGAGAUUCUUUGGGUAACGAAAGGCAAUAGAUCAGAGAGCCCAUUCUCUCGUAUGCUUGUUGGCAUGGCACGCACACUUCGCAGAGAGUAUUCUGGUAUCAACUUCCAGGCACUUGAUGUUGAUAUAUUGGAUUCAAAUUCUGCUAAGCUCUUUGCAGAAACAUUGCUCCGACACCUCAAUCUCAACGAGGCAAACAGUCGUCUUGUCCCCGGCUCUAUUCUAUGGAGCGAUGAAUCAGAGUACCAUUUGGAGAACAACAAAAUUUAUACUCCAAGGCUUAUGUCUGCUGAUAAGAUGAAUGAUCGAUACAAUUCAUACAAGCGGCAUAUCGCUCACAAAGUCUCCGCAAAUGCCUCUAGCAUUGAAUUGACCACAAAGGAUAGCUCCUAUAAUCUUUGCGAGCCAUCCCCACUUAAACCUACCACAGGGUCCGAUGGUGAUACCGAAAUUACUAUUUUGAAGUCCCUACUUCAGUCUGUGGAAGUCCCUUUGGUGGGACACUUCUUUUUGUGCUAUGGCACUAACGACUGUGGUGAAAGAGUCAUCGCCCUCUCAGAUCAGAGCAAGUCAGCUGUUCAUGUUCCAAAGUCUUGGACGAUACUUUACAACGGGGAGACCAAUGCAACUCAAGUGCUUCUUUCAAUUGCUGCCAAUCUCGUCGCACAUUCGAUUAUCAUGGAAGCCUCAACAAGUAGCACUGUUUUAGUACAUGACCCUGAUCAGGUUGUUGCUGCAGCUAUAAGGAAACAAGCAGCAGCGAAGAAAAUUCGUGUUUUCUUCACUACCACUCAAACUUCAAAGAAGGGGCCCCAGUGGACAUAUAUCCAUCCCAGAACCCCCCGCCGUUUGUUGAGACGGCAACUACCAAAAGAAGUCUCACUUUUUAUCAAUUUCUCCAGUACCUCAGAUGAGCAGAUUAUAUCUAAUCUCUUGGAGUGUCUGCCACUUUGCUGCAAAAAAUCCAACCGAUCUUCGUUUUUCGGAAAUAGUGUUGCAAAACGCCCCGGCUCUGAUGCUGAACUUGUCUCCAAGUAUUUAUCUACAGGCUUUGACAUUGCUAAAACUGCUAACUUUACUGUGCCUGACGAUAGGUCCACCCUGCCUUUGGAUAAGGUUCCUGGGUAUUUUGAUGAAACUAAAGACCUAGUAGUAAUCGACUGGGCGGUUGAUACUCAAGUUUCGCUCACUGUUGAACCUAUUGACCCUUAUGCCAACCUAUUUAGCGCAGAGAAAACAUACCUUAUGGUUGGUUUGUCUGGCGAAAUGGGCCAGUCCCUCGCUGAAUGGAUGGUAAGCCGAGGGGCGAGACAUGUCGUGCUUACUAGUAGAAGACCUAAGGUAAAUGCUGAGUGGAUUGAAAGCAUGGAAGAUGAAUAUGGGGCAACUAUAAAGCCAAUGCCGCUGGAUAUUACGGACGCCGAUGCGCUCCAAGCCUGCUAUAACAAAAUAUGUCGCACCAUGCCUCCAAUUGGCGGAGUUGCCCACGGAGCUAUGGUUCUAGUGGACAGCCUUUUCCAGAAGAUGAGUUAUGAUGACCUUAUGGCAGCCCUUAGGCCAAAGGUCCUUGGAGCAAUAAACCUGGACAACCUUUUCUCGGAGAACACCCUUGACUUUUUUAUUCUGUUUUCUUCUAUUACAGCCUUAAUUGGAAAUGCUGGCCAGAGUAACUAUAUUGGAGCCAACAGUUUUAUGGAAUCCCUAGGCUUGCAGCGCCGUCGAAAGGGCCUUGCCGCGUCCGUAAUCGCCAUUUCGUCCCUAAUUGGGCUUGGUUACUUUGAACGUGCUGAGGAUCUGGAUAUCGACCAAUUUUCUCGAUCUGGUUACAGAAAUGUAUCUGAGCAGGAUAUCCACACCUUGUUUGCGGAGGCGAUUGUAAGAGGAAGGCCAGGGACAACAGAGAGUCAUGAAGUUGUUUCAGGUGUUGUUCCUACAUAUGCAGAUGGAGACAUCAGGGCAUCUUACUUGAAGGAUACCAAGUUUUCCCACCUAAUUCUAGAACGCACUUCGGCCAAGCAAGACGGCUCUUCAUCCACUCAGAUACCCGUCAGGAUUCAGCUUCUCACGGCGACAACAGAGGAGGAAGUGUGCGAUAUCAUGCAAUCUGGCUUUACACGAAGAAUAAAGAAGAUGUUGCGUAUCCCAGAGGAGGAUGACUUCAACGCAACAGCUUCUUUAGUAGAGCAGGGAGUUGACUCCUUGGUUGCAGUCGAGAUUCGAACUUGGUUCAUCAGAGAAGUUGAUAUCGACAUGCCAGUUCUGAAAGUCCUGGGUGGCUCCUCUGUCUCUGAUCUGAUCAAUGAUGCUAUGCAGCGGAUAUCUCCUGACCUUACCCCUAAUCUUGGGUCCGAAGGGGCUAAACCUGAAGCCAAUACUAUAUCCACAGCACCAAAAGUACCUUCCAAUCCUUCUAAACCGGUGACUGUGCAUGACUCUGCUCAGCCCACCCGAGAGGCCGAACCCCAGGUCGAAAUUACAAAGGCAACACCAGCGGCAAGCUCUAUUCCUACUAUUGCGUCAACUACAGAGCCAGUUGUUAAGCCAUCGACGGAAAUCCACGAAAACAAGUCCGGCCAACACAGUUUCGACCGCUUAGCUAAAUCAGAAGUCACUGAGAAGAUGUCCUUUGGGCAAUCACGCUUUUGGUUCCUUAACCAAGCUCUACAAGAUAAAACAACGUUUAAUAUGGCAAUUCUGGUCAGGCUUAGUGGUCGAAUUCGUGUCAAAGACAUGGAAAGAGCCUUGGAAGCCGUGGUCUUGAGGCAUGAUGCGCUGCGUACAAGAUACUUUUCGACUGGUGAAUACAUGGAAAGCCCAAUGCAGGGAAUUAUUCCAACAUCCGCCGUCAAACUAGUUGUCAAGCACUGCAAAGAUGAAUCCGGUGCGUACAGGGAACUUGAUGAAAUCAGAUCACAUGUGUGGGACCUAAACAGCUGGGAAACGAUGAAAGUGACCCUACUUUCUUCCUCUGAAACGAUGCACUACCUUGUCAUUGGAUGUCACCACAUCGGCAUGGACGGAUUCAGCUUCAAUGUCUUCUACAGCGACUUAGAAAAGGCGUAUGAGGGACAAAAGCUUCCUUCCAUCCCAAAAUCUGCGCAGUAUGGGGCAUUUGCACAAAAGCAACGCGAAGACUGGGAUAAUGGUAAUAUGAACGCAGAUCUCGCAUAUUACCGUGAAACAAUUCCUAGCAAUCUUAACCCAAUACCCCUAUUCCCAUUUGCAAAGAUCAGCACACGAUUACCGCUAGAUACUUACGGUACCUACAGUGCCGACGUCCGCAUUGAGCCAGCACUGACAAGAAGAAUAAAAGCUGCCUCCAGAUCCCUCGGCUCGACAACAUUUCAUUUCUAUCUUGCGGCCCUCCAGGCUCUUGUCUUCCGUCAAUUAGACGACUGUGAUGAAUUCUUUAUCGGAGUUGCGGAUGCAAAUAGGACAGACGACAAAUUUAUUAACACACUUGGCUUCUUCCUGAACCUCCUCCCCGUCCGUUUCGAACGCUAUGCUGCAAAGAAGUUUGGAGAUGCUGUACAGCAAGUCCGCAACAAAGUCUACAAAGGACUGGCUCAUUCCAAGUUGCCAUUUGAUGUACUCCUGGACGAGUUAAAGAUCCCUCGUUCGGCCACUUCCACUCCCAUCUUCCAAGUUUUCGUGGAUUAUAGACAAGGUGUCCAAGAGAGACAGAAGUACAUGGGCCUUGAUGCUGUCGGCGAAAAGUGGCACCUCGCACGGACCGGUUAUGACAUGACUCUCGAUAUUGUUGAAAAUGCUGCUGGUGAUACCCGUCUUGAGCUUCGCCUUCAGCAGCGUCUUUACACGGCAGAGCACACCAAACUUUUGUUGGAAGGCUAUGUGAACCUUUUGACGGCUUUUGCCGAUAAUCCAGCCGUAGACUGGAGUGCACCAGCCGUUUGGGACAGGAAGACAAUCAACGAAGCCAUUGAAGUCGGCCGUGGUCCUUUUUUGCAAUACGAAUGGGCCCCUACGGUGAUGCACCAUAUUGAUGACAUUGUGUCUCAGCAUGGCACCAAUAUCUGCCUCAAGGAUGGAACCGGGAAGAUCAUGACUUACUCACAAAUGGCACGCCGCGUUGACUGCAUUUGCUCUGCCCUGGUUGCAGCUAAUGUUAUGGAGGGAGAUACGGUGGCUGUUUUUCAACAGCCUACUGCAGACUGGGUGUGCUCACUGCUUGCCAUAUUCCGUGCUGGUGCAGUCUAUGUUCCCCUCGAUCUCCGUACCCCUUUUCCUCGUCUUGCUGCAAUUGUCGAUCAAGCCAGGCCUCGCGUGAUCCUUGCUCAUAGCCAAACGCUAGGAGAUGUUGAACACCUUAACGCUCCAACGUCAGCAGUAGUGGAUAUAAACAACCUACCUGUUAACAGCCCAGAAAUGCCUAAUCUCGCCAAAUCUGACACGCUCGCAGUUAUCCUUUUCACCAGUGGUUCCACAGGGGUCCCCAAAGGCAUCCAUAUCAACCACAGCAACAUCGUGAAACAGUUGGAAGGCUGCUCCAAACAAUUUGAAUUCAAGGACUCCGCCUCCUAUGUCCUUCACCAGACUGCAUAUUCCUUUGAUAAAUCCCUUGAGCAGAUUUUCACCGCGCUGGUGCAUGGUGGCGCCCUUUAUGUUGUUCCUGCAGAGCAGCGUGGUGACCCAAUUUCAAUCACCAAUAUCAUGGCCUCAGAAGGGAUAACUCACACUGCUACUACCCCUUCCGAAUACCUGAUGUGGUUCCGUUAUGCACGAGAAAACCUGCUGAAGUGCAAAUCUUGGAAAUGUGCCCUUCUUGGAGGCGAGGUUGCUUCAGAUGCUGUGCUAGAAGAGUUCCGCAAGUUAGGAAUGCCGAUCAGGCUACUUGACAGCUAUGGCCCUGCAGAAAUCACAAUGUCUUGCGCUAAAGUCGAGUUGCCAUAUCGCUCUAUGGUAACUGGUCAGCAAGCACCAGUAGGUUUCAUGCUGCCUAAUUACUCUGUUGUUAUCGUGGACCCUAAGAUGAACCCACUGCCUCUCGGCUUUGCUGGUGAAAUUGUUAUUGGAGGUGUAGGCGUCGCCGAGGGAUACUUGAGCAAUGAUGAACUCACCAGACGAAAAUUCAUCCCGAAUAAUUUUGGGGGGGAAGGAACGGUAUACCGUACUGGAGAUAAGGGCCGUCUCACGGAAGAAGGGGCCCUUUUCUUUGACGGCCGCAUAGAUGGCGAUACCCAGAUUAAGCUACGCGGCGUCCGUAUCGAACUUGAAGACAUUGAAAGCACCAUACUUCAAGCAUCGGCAGGAGCCCUUACUCAUGCCGUGGUUACCAUACGUGGAGAACAAGACUCUGCAUUCUUGGUAGCACAUGUCGUAUUCUCCGCAGCAUAUACAGAAUACCGUGAUGAACUGCUCACCCGGCUCCCAAUGCUUCUACCGCUGCCGCAGUAUAUGAUACCUACUAUCUUCGUUUCUCUAGACAACCUUCCAUUCACCACUCAUUUCAAGGUUGACCGGAAAGCAGUGCAGGCUCUCCCGAUUCCCGAGGCAGAAAACAAGUCAUCAGAGGAUCUAACUGAACGGACGGAAACUGAAUACCAAGUUGCAGGGCUUUGGAACCAGAUAAUCCCAGCAGCUCGUGCUUUAACACCCAGCGCCGACUUCUUCCAUGCAGGAGGUAAUUCUCUGAUGCUUGUUAAAUUACAGGCAAUGAUACGCCAAACCUUCGGUGUUAGCAUUCAGCUGUUUGAUAUAAUGAAUGCUGGAACGCUUCGAAACAUGGCGCGUUUGAUUGAUGAUGCCCUUGGUGUCAAGGAGCUGGACUGGAAUGCCGAAACUGAUCUUCCAGCAUUUCCCAAGCUGAACUCCGAUCUCUCUUCUCCAAAGCAGAAAGACAUGGUCGUUAUGAUGACUGGAGCUACUGGUGUUCUUGGUAGAAAUAUCCUUGCCCACCUGGUUUCGGAGGAUCGCAUCUCUAAAAUAUAUACUUUGGCUGUGCGCCCGCAAAACGGCGUUUCCACCUUGACCCGCAUUCCCGAUCCCAAGGGAAAGAUCAUAAUUAAACAUGGUGACCUCGACAGAGCUCGUCUCGGUUUAUCUGAAAAAGAGGCAACUCUUCUUUCAAGCGAAGUCGAUGUAAUCCUACACCUUGGUGCUAACCGUUCAUUCUGGGAUUCUUACUACCACCUCCGUGCUACAAAUGUCUCCAGCGUCAAAGAAAUUGUGAAGAUUGCAUACCCACGCAAGGUCCCUAUUCACUUCGUUUCAUCAGGCGGAGUUACUAUGUACUCGGGCAGCUUCCCACCUACCAAUGGGCACGACGGGUACGUUGCCUCCAAGUGGGCAGCAGAGAAAGUGCUUGCCAACGCAGCGAACGAGCUCGGCCUGAGAGCUGUCUUGCAUCGCCCGACAAAAGCCCCUGGGGCCAUAACCACUGCUCCAGACGAGAUUUUGAACGAACUCCUUGCUCUUGUCAAACAAGCUCAAAGGAGACCGGAUCUUGAGGGUCUAUCUGGAAGUCUAGGCAUAGUUCCUCUCGAACGCAUCGCUGGGAAAAUUGUGGGGUCUAUAUUCGACACAGAGUCUAUAGAGUCAGGCCAUCCAGAAGUCCUAGCACAUUCUAGCGCCCUUAACGUUAGCAUCAAGGACUUCGCAGACAAGAUAUUGCAAGACAAGUCUCUGUCUACUCUGGAAGGGAUGCCAGCCUUGAAAUGGAUGGGAGUGGCUAAGAAGAUGGGAUGGAGCCAGUUCAUGGUUGGCCACGAAAUUUCCAUGACGAACUCCAAGGAUCAAAUUGUGUCUACCCGAUAG